AAAAUAUCUCCUCGUCUCCUCCCGUCUCCUCGUCCUCAUCCACGGCGAGUCCGCGUCAUCCACACGAGCCCACCCAAAACCCAAAACCCUACUGCGCCCAUGGCUUCGCCGCCGCCGCCGCCGCCGCAGCCACCUAGCCCCUCCGCCGCCACGGCGGGGGCGGCAGCGGCGCCGGUGGACGCGCUGUUCCUCCAGAACCUGAUGAGCCGGGUCCAGCUCCGCCCGCCCUUCCUCGACACCAACUCCUUCCUCACCCAGGACCUCGACGAGUUCCUCCUCAACGAGUUCGCCGCGCUGUCGGCCGCCGCGGGGGCCUCCGACGAUGACGACGACGGCGAGGAUGGGGAAGGGGAGGGAUCCGAUGGGGAGGUGGUCUCCGGGGAGGCGAGGCGGCGGCGGACGCUGGCGAGGGAGGAGGCCAAGCUGGAGAAGGAGAUCGUGCGGCUCGUGCUCGCCGGGGAGGCGGAGGAGGCGCUCAAGCCCAACUCCGGCCAGUCCGUCGCCGUCGGCGACCACCACAUCUGCGUCGGCUUCCACGACGAUUCCGGCGGUGUGUACCGCGUCUGGGAGUGGCACGGCCACGUCAUGAUCUUCGACGACGAGGAUGGCUAUUCCGCGGAGUACAUCUACGGCAACCACUUCGAGCCCCUCGCCGCCGCCACCGCCAGGGCGAAGGAGAAGGAGAGGGAGAAGAGGGAGAAGGAGCUCAGCUCGGGCCUCCGCGAUUUGAUCCUGGGCGACACUGGCAGCGGCGCCAAUGGCUCCAAGGAGAAUGGCAAGGGUGGGGCACCCAGGGUGGUGCGCAGGAACGUCGUCAAUGCCCCUGCGGCGCCUGCGAGGUAAUAAAACUCCUCUUUAGCUCUAGCGCGUGUAUUGAUGGAAGCGAGGCAUCAAUCCGAGAAACAGAAGCAAAAUAAUGAUUUGAUCUUUCCUUUUCUUCUGUAGUUGCCGCUGAGGGCGGUUUCUUUUGUUCUGAUCAGAAAUGCUAUAUACUUUGCUUCUGUUAUGAUACACAGUGUACCCAACUGGGUUUUGAGAUGGGAGUAUUUGUUCCAUAUACUACACAUAUGCUGUUCCAUUAUGUGCUUAAAUUUUUGCUGCUCAUGUGAAAGAACUUAUGCUUGCUGCACCUGUCGAUUGUGAACUUAUGAGUUAUUAUCACUAUUGUAAAGAAUUUGGUUCAUGCUUUCAAUACAAAUUGGAGAGAAUGGUCUUCCCUGUGCA